UUGAGAAACGUAUAUAUAGGAGUAUUAUGUUGGUUGGAGGCAGAGCGGGUGGUGAGCGAAGAAGAAGAAGAAGAAAGAGUGGGCGGGAGGGGAUGGAUAAAUUAGCUGCCGGAGAAGGUGAAAAAAAUGGAAGAAGAAGAGGGUUGAAAAGAUGUAGAUCAAGCAGCUCUAGAACACCACCAAGGUCGUCGGAGCCGGAGAACAGGGAGAGAACUCCUUGCCUGAUUUCCUAUCACCCUAAUGGGUUCGGUCCGAUGCUGUACGCUGUGGAUUUCGGCGAGAAGCGUUGUAAGGAGAGGAAUUUCUGCAAAAGGUGCCGCAUUGAGCUGUUCAAGGAAGGAGACGGCGGCGACCUUGGUGGUACUGAGGGGAAAGAACACGACGGCGACCUUGGUGGUACUGAGGGGAAAGAACACGACGGUCCUCCGCUGCGGCGAAUCACUCCGUUGAAACUGGGAUGGUUUCCCGGCGGGAAAAUGUUUGUCGCUAUUGGCUCCGCCGUCUACGUCCUCGGCGGUGAGAAUGAAGGUCUCUUAUCUCGCGAUGUCUACUAUUUCGAGAUUGCCAAUAACAAAAGAAGUGGCGGAGCUGAAGCUGAUGGGGGCUGGAAGCAAGGCCCUAAGAUGCUGAGUCCUAGAUGUAGAGGUGGAGCUCUAGCUGUUGAAGGUAAGAUUUAUGCUUUUGGUGGCAAUUAUGACUAG